GACCGGAGUGCACUUAAGCGGAAGGAAUGGGAGAGAAGAAACCAGGAAGUCCAGCAAGAUGAAGAUCUCUUUGCUUCAGGUUUUAACCUCUUUGGGGAACCCUACAAGACAAAUAAAGGCGACGCCCUUGCAAACCGUGUCCAGAACACAUUGGGAAAUUAUGAUGAGAUGAAGGAUCUGUUAACCAACCACUCCAACCAGAGCCACCUUGUAGGAAUCCCAAAGAAUUCUGUCCCACAGACACCCAUUGACAAAAAUGAACAGAACUUUUUUCCAGAACCGAGAAACAGGAUGAUCCCAUCUCAUCAGAUCAGCGGCAAUUCAUCGACAUCAAUGCCUCCUCCUUCUUCAUUGUCAUCAAACUCUGCUUUGCUACACAGUCACCAGAGCAGCAGGAAGUCGAGGACAGACUGGUCACGUGGUGGUCACAACUCUAGUGGGGCCCAACCAAGCCAAUCCAGCGGUCAGCAGAGUCGGACAAAGCACAGCUCUUCCCAUGACCAGUCACAGGGCAGGUAUGAAGACCUCUAUAACUGUCAGAGUGAGCAGCAUAAAAGUGGAGGGACUGAGGAUGCAAAUUCCAUGGCAACAUCUUCACAUUCGAGGAGGCAUGCUCAUGCAAAGUCAGCACCUGGAGAACACUCUUACAAAGAAAACAGUCAUUCCAAGUCGCCCACCGAGCUGGAGUUUGUAGGCCAUGGUCCUGGCUCUCCGCUUCCUUCCACUUCUUUGUUAACUGCAAACAAUGGUCUUUCGACUCAGAAUUUCCCACCAGGACUUCACUGUAAAAACAGCAUGGUCCAGCAAAAGCCUACAGCAUAUGUCAGGCCUAUGGACGGUCAGGACCAGGUACCCAAUGACUCACCUGAACUGAAACCCCCACUAGAAAUUGAGAGUGGAUAUGGAAAUCAGUCCUUUGGAACACUGCUGGAAGGAAAAGUGAACACACCUAGUUCGAAGAACAAAGUACCAAAGCUCAACAUUCCUCCUGUUAGUGAAGUUACCCUUCCCAAUGACUCCAGUUGUGUGGAAGAAAUACUGCGGGAGAUGACCCAUUCCUGGCCUCCUCCUCUUACUGCUAUUCACACUCCCGGCAAGGCUGAGCAGACCAAGUUUUCUAUCCCAAGCAAGGACUCCCAACAUCUGACCUCAGGAUACAAUGUACAAAAGUGGAGUGAUCCAGCAGGGAAAGUUGCAACUAAGUCAGUGCCACAAAAGUCAAUGCUUGAGGAUGAUCUGAAACUCAGCAGUGAUGAAGAUGACAAUGAACAGGCUGCUGAAAAGACAAAAUUGAGAAACAUUCCUGUAAACAGCCUGCCAGUGCCAGCGGCACACGGCUCCGGCUUGGCCCAUUCCAGCGGCGGCUCCGGGAGCUCCAGCGAGUCCGAGAGCAGCUCCGAGUCCGACUCCGACAGCGAGAGCAGCUCCAGUGACAGCGAGUGCAACGAGGAGUCGCGCAGUGCCACGCCAGAGCCUGAACCCCCCUCAACAAACAAAUGGCAGCUGGAUAAAUGGCUUAAUAAAGUGAACCCCCAUAACAAGACCAUCAUCAACAAUCAAAAUGAACCCCACAGCGAGACCAGCUCCCAGGCCCAGAGCAACCAGCAGGCCGAAGGGCCAAACAAAGGGAAGCUCAGCAGCAGCCUGCCCCCGAGCGAUUCCAAAGACCGGGCGAUCCUUAGUCCCAUCCGAGAGAAAGCCAAACCACGGGUUGCCCAGAAAACCCCAGAGGCAAAAAGCUCCAAGCAGAAGUCACCAGCUCAUAAUGAGCCAACUUCACAAAGGACUACUGGGAAAAAGCAACCCAAAAAGGUAGAAAGGACUUCCAGUGUAGAAGAGUAUAACUGGCCCAAACCAAAUAAUACCAGCAACACUCCCAAAGAAAAAGACACACAGGAACCCCCCGAGCAGCCAAAGGUUCGAACUAAAGCAGCAGUUGGGAAGACCGCUCCGAGGAAAGAACCACGGACUAGCACAGGUCUCACUUCAGAGAAGAAAAAGUACAGAGGCCCCAGCAAAAUUGUCCCCAAGUCCCGGGAAUUCAUUGAAACGGAUUCAUCUACUUCUGACUCGAACACAGACCAGGAGGAGAGCUUGCAGGCUAAAGUGUUGCCAGCCUGCACUGGGUCUGGCAGCAGCGUCAAAGUGAAGGACUCUGGCAGUAACAUCCUCAGUGUAAGUAGUUUAACGAGCAAUGGCAGCAACACAUCCAUUGACCAGACCAGCAACGACCUGGAGGAGCAGCUCUUUUCUCCCAUCCCGAUCGUACAAAACGAACUUCUGUCCCCACUGAGAGAAUACGAAGAACUCAAAUCUCUGUGGGUGAAAAUAGACCUCAGUUUACUCUCUAGGAUACCUGGACAGGAGACUUUUGAGACCACGCCUGUGAAAAGCGAACCGAGAGAGGCAAAUGUGAAACACAGGCGACCAUCUCGAGAGUCCCCGACCCCAGCAGCUGAAAAACCCUCCAUAAAAUCCAAAAGGAAACACAAGACAGAAGGCCUGGACACCUUUGUUGAAAGCAAGAAGCCACGCCUGGAGGACCCUCCAGCUUCAUGCCUGCUCCCACCUUGUAUCUCUCCGAUACCGAACCACAGAAUAACCAGCACUAAAGAGAGCAGUGGUAGCUCAGUGAAGAAGGUGACAAAGAAAAGAGAAGAGAAGCUGUUCCCUCCUCCGUUAUCCCCACUCCUGGAUGAGCCUGUGCACCGGCGGCACAGCAGUGACAACAGCUCCUUCAGCCAAGAGACCACUGUCACAAACACCUCCCAGACCAGCAGCUCUUCCUCCUCUGUCUCUAAACACAGAAAGAAUGAAAAUAAAUCCUCUUCUAACCCCAAAGGAAUCUGUGAGGAAGAAUCUCACAAUACACCAACAGCCAACACUCUUCUUGACACCAGCCAUUUAGAACCAGACAUCUGGUCUGCAAUGCCAACACUUUCCAAUGGGAAUUCUGAGCCCAGAAGACCCAAAAUAACAUUUGAUGAUGUGCUUCACAAUGCGGAUUAUUACAUGCAAGAGGCUAAGAAGCUGAAGCAUAAAGCAGAUGCAUUGCUGGAGAAGUUCGGUAAAGCCGUGAAUUAUGCUGAUGCUGCCCUCUCCUUCAUCGAGUGCGGGAACGCUAUGGAGCGAGAUCCAUUAGAAGCUAAAUCUCCAUACACCAUGUACUCAGAGACUGUGGAACUCAUCAGGUAUGCAAUGAGACUCAAGAAUUUCACAGGCUCUUCUGCCACAGAAGGGGACAAGAAAUUAGCAGUUUUAUGCUACCGAUGCUUAUCACUUCUCUACUUGAGAAUGUUUAAACUAAAGAAGGACCAUGCUAUGAAGUACUCCAGAUCACUGAUGGAAUAUUUUAAGGGUUUUACAAGGUGCUACACAGACGUGAAAGGCAGAAUGAGUAAGCAGAACUCUUCAAAAGCCUCACAGGCCCCCUCACCUUGGGGCGGCAAUGGAAAGAGCACAGAAACACCAUCGCCCAUGUCCCUGAGCCCGUCCCCCGUCAGCUCUGCUGGGAGCACCACGGGCACCACCGGCUCCUCCUCGGCGGGGACCAUCACCAUCCCCCAGCGCAUCCACCACAUGGCUGCCAGCCACGUCAACAUCACCAACAACGUCCUGCGGAGCUACGAGCACUGGGACAUGGCUGACAAGCUGACCAAGGAGAACAAAGAGUUCUUUGUAGACCUGGACUCAGUGAUGGGACCCUUAACACAACACAGCAGUAUGACCAAUCUGGUUCGUUACGUUCGCCAGGGACUCCACUGGCUCCGCAUUGAGGCUCAUUUGUUGUAGUGACUGCUGCCCUCUCCAUAACAUCCCCAUUCUUCUACCUCUACCAGCGCAGAGACGAUCACUGGUGGAACUCCACUCAUUUUUGGAAGUUUAUUCAUGUAACUUCAUUUUUAUUGCCUUUUUUAAUAUCCUAUCUAUUGGAAGUAGAAGUCACCAUAAAAGAAACUUAUGACUCAAGAGCAGUAUGUGUUGUACCAUCUAAUCAUUUUCGACAAUUUUCUAUGCCUUGUGUCUCCUGGAUCCUGCCAUCCUUAUGUGCUUUAUGGAACGGUACAUUCCCUGCAGUAUUGUUUUAAGUCCAUGCUGCCUUCAAGUGAAAACAAAAAAGCACUUUGAGAAGAUAUGGAUUCCUGAGAAAUAGUACAAAGCGUCUUAAAUAUUUGAGGGUAUAUAUGAGAAGUCCCUUCUGAAAUAAAUUAGUAGAAGUUAUAGCUAUUCAUUCAAAAUCAUCUUCUGAACCUGAACCAAGCUUUUCGACGCUUAAUUCUGGCAUCAUUACCUGACUCAGUACAUUCCUAAGAUUUCAUACUUCCUAUAGGUUUAAUCUCUAAAAGAGAACAUUGAAUAUCUUACAGCUACAUAAUGUAAGAUCACCAAAGGUGUUAAGAGGUAAAAGGUUGAAGGAAUGCCUCAUUAAAGAAUGAUGACACACUAUGCAAUGAGGUUUUGAUAUUCCAUUCUUCCUGUUUAUUGUUGGCUUAAUAAUUUCAGUAGGCAGCAGAAUUUAUUGCAGUUUUUAGGCAGUUUCAAAAUAUUAGCUUUCUUAGUCUUAUCUACCAUUCCUAUACUAAAUCUGUGAAUUUUCUUUCUACUUUACUGUUUAGUCUCAAACAAAUACUCAUCCAAGAUUUUUCUUCAUAGAACAAUCUCUCCUUGCAUAGUGACUCACUGAAAGCAGAUUUUAACAGGACUGCUGCACUCUAAGCAUUGAUAUUGUAUGUAAAAGUCCAUUAAUAAGUGUAUGCAGAUUCUUCAUGAAACUAUCUAGAAGUUUAACUAACCAGCUACUGUUGAAACAUUAUAAUUCCAUGUGGCAUCAUUUUUCACCUGUUUUGUUCAUUUCAGAGCAUUAGAAACUAACAGUAUUAUCUUGCUAUCUUGAAAACAAUGUCAAAUUAAAUAAAAUCACCAGAUUUACCCAAAAGCAAUAUAACAUUUGUUUAAUAAUGGCCAUGAAUACUUCAGUCAGAUUACCUAUUUUCCAAGCUCUGCAUCUGUUUACCCAUGCUGUCAUGUUUUGGACCAUUCCUCUAAUGCGUGAAUAAUAAUGAGACAAUUCAGAUAGAAUUUCAAAGCAAUUGUGAAUAAAUUGCACCAUUUCACAUUUGCUCUUUCCUCUUAUUUUUUUUCCUUGUUAUAAACUGCACUGCUCUUCUGGUGCCACUGCAAGAAGCGCUGGUGCAUGAAACAAAACAAAAUGAAUUUAUAUCAAUAAUUCACAAGACUUUAAAUGGUCUCAUCUCAUUCUUGAUAUAACACCUGCAUACCUUACUGAACUGUAAAUUCCAUUUCUAUAAACAGAAAAUGCUCAUAGCAAUGUAAAUAUUAUUCUGUCUCAUCUCAUUGAAAUAAUACAAUAUGUGUAUUAAAUGCCAUCCAGAUAUUAGUUAAUUGCAAUUACCUUCUGCUAUAUAAACCUGUAUAUCCUUUAAUCUGGUGAGUUAUUGGAUUCUACUCACUGGGUUGUGACCAGAUAAAUAGGACAAAUUUGCAUUUAAAAGGUUCAGACUGUUACGAUUUUUAGAGCAGGCCUUGGAUAUUUGCAAUAAGAGCAGUUUAAGGACUCUGCCCAAUGCACAUUUAAGACAAACAUUUCUGUAGCUGUUGUAUAUUAGCUCCCAGUAGUACUACCUUUUCUUAAAAAUCAAUAAUUCCUAACAUUUUGUUCCACGAGGCUGUAUUGUAAACACAGCCAACGUGCAUCAUUAGAGAAAUCAUCCCGUUUAGGGUUUUCUGCAAAGGACAUUUGCAGAACAUGCACAUCCUGUAUUAUCUGCACACUCCUGUGCCUGAAGUGGUCGAUACACCCUUAUCUGUUCUCUGAGGGUUUCAGUAACACGGCUGAAACCUGAAUCUGACAGCAUUUGUCACACUGAUUCUGGGCCCAGUAGCUAAUGAAUAAAACCACGACAGUGAGAACUGUUCAGAACUGUAGAUGAAAGGUGGUUGUUGAGUUUUUUUUUUUAAAGAAAAAGAAAACAAAACACUUGAAAUUUUUUUUAACAGGUUGGGUAGUUGAGACGCAGUAGUGUUGGGAUGGUUUUGUCAUAAGCCAGAGAGUUUUCCAUUCUUUUUGCAAGUAACUAUUUAGUCUAAUUAAGUGCAUUGUCGUCACUUGUUCCUUUAAUGUAGACUGAAAUCCUAGACUUCCAUGCCUUUACGAGGGAUAGCUAUGCCUUGAAAGACAGUCUUCAGACAUGGGACUGUUCAGAGUUAGCUGCAGUCACUCAGUGAAGACAAUGUAUUAUCUUUCUCCUGUUGGUUGUGGUAAACAGGCUCCUAUCUUUAAAUUUACGCCGCGUUCACAAUCUUUUGCUUAAACAGCUUAAGGAAUUAGCCCACCUGAUUUUGUAUCCUGUGACUUAGGUUGAAAUGUAUGCUGAAUCAAUGGCAUGAUUAUAGUAAGUCCAGCAGUCAAGUCUAGGAUCACAAGCCAACUUACUAUUUAGCAGUCUUGUUUCAAAAGCAGCUUAGAAACAAAUUAAAUAUGGAGAGUGAAUUACCAUCUUAUCCCUGGGGAUGAUGCUUCUUUUGGGUUAGUUAUUAAGGAUUAUUGCACUUUUACAGGCACUAUAUUCAUCUCAUUUCAAUUGCCAACAUGUCAUCUUUGUGGAAUCAUUUUUACCCCUUAAAAUAUUACUUCCAGCAGACUUAAUCAAAUGAGAUUGUUUGUUUGUUUCAGUCCGUGGGGAAGCAGCAUGUCUGUGCUUGGGCGUUUGCUAUGUCUGCACUUAACACUGCCCAAUUCAGGCUCUCAAACUCAUGAACCAAGCACCAAAAAUUACAAGAUUGGCUUAAAAUUGUGUUAGUGGGUUUUUUUGGGGUUUUGGGUUGUUUGUUUUUUUUUGUUAAAUAAACUCCUUGGUUCUUGUAUUGCCUUCUGGAUACUGAGCUUUGGGACUGAUUUCACGACACAUUUUCAGGCAUUCUCCAAACAUGACAAGGGCUGGAAAACACACAUUUGUUUUUAAUUGUUUUUAAUAGUGAUAAACUGGGACAGUGAUGUAAUCUCCUGAUUUCUGCAGCUGGGACUUAAGAAGGACACCAAGAUUCAUAAAAAAAUUGCCAGAACUGACUGCCAUUUGUGACCCAUGCUUGAGGAGGUUUGGAGCAAUACUGAUAGUUCAGCAGUGAGGGGAGCAAGCCAGUAAAGGGCUAAACUCAAGCAUUUGGGGAGCUCCACGGGUGCGAGAUCCAAGGGCAGUAAAGUGCUAAGUGCUCAGGCGAGGCAUUUGCAUAGCACUUAACCUCCCUGUCAAGCCCUGCAGCAGCUCCUCAGUGAAGUCUUUGACAUCGUCCGGGCAGAAUAUCCUGCUCCGAGUGCAGUAUCUCAGCCAUGUGAUGUGUUUUGGGUGCUCCAGAGCAGGGAUUGGAAGGAAAGCCUUUUUGCUAGUAGUGUUGGUGGCAACUUUCACAGCUUGCUUCUAACAGCUUCAUUUCACUUUUUCUUACAUGUUCUUUGGACUUUUAAUUAUUUAUAUACUCUCUCUGUGAAUAUAUUGUCUCAUUUAUAAAUGAUCUCCUUUGAAAAAUAGGGACAGGUCUGUUGAUAGUCAUGUGGACUUUUUUUUAAAAAAUAACAUUGGAGAUCUUCAUUCCUCCUAAAGAAACAAAAUCUGAGAAUUGAAUCUGGACCUUAAUUUUUAUGCUUUUUUAUUUCACAGGUUUUAUUGUGUUCUUUUAUUGUAACAGUUUAGAUUCACUGAUGUUUUUGGGUACUUUGGAAGAAAAGUUUUCAUAUAUUUUUAUCAUCAUUUAAUGCUGUCUAAAUCCAGUCAUUAGUUUUGUGAGGGCAACUUAACAGACAGCAGAAACGGGGCUGGUAAGGAUUCUGACUUAAGUAUUAACACACUUUGCUUUGAGUUCAGGACAAACUCCACUACACACAGUGUUGAAGCAAGCACAUGUGUGUGUGUGUGUGUGUGUGUGUGUGUGUGUAUUUGCAACAAAAAGUCCUUGUUCAUUACUUCAUAGCACAAGAAAACGUAUAUGAUAGCUGUAAACAGAAACCACUCUUACCACUGCUGGUGGUAAUGGCAUUAUUCAAGUGUUCCUCUGUAGUAUGUGAUACUCCUGUUUGCACCUACUGUCUCUUGCAGGCAAUGAAGUUGUGGCAGAAAGUAGCAACACUUUGUCAUCUUGGUCCUGUGGUCCCUGAGGUCAGUGUCAAAACUGAAUGUGCUGUCAACAUGCUGUUUUUCAGGUUAGCUCAUUUGCCAUAGACCACUGUCUUGAAGUUUUAAGAAAGAUGAAAUAUUUCAUCAGUCACCAAAGGCAAUUAAUUUGUCAUUUUGAAGCAAGUGUAGAAGUGUCCCAUCUCUAGGCAGCUUGCACCAGUGAAAGGUCAUUGCAAACGGCCUUUGCCUCUCGCAGCAUCUCCCUGACCUCACAUGAGGGCACUGGGAGUGAGGCAAAGGGGAUGAAGAUAAGAAACCAGUCCCCUGUCCUUAUGACAUCUUCCAGCUUUAUUUUACAUACUACUUUAUAAAUACAAAUAAAACAAGUCUUCUUAAUGUUGGGAAGGCUCAAUUCCUCCUGGACUUCCAUGAUAUAACCAGAGCACUAUACUCACCAAAGCAUAUAGGCAUUCUCUAAUGAGAUAGAUAUAUAUAUAUACAAACACACACAUGUAUGUAUAUAAAUAUAUGUAUCUCACUAGAUAUAGUGGUAUGUUUUAGUUAUAUCACUUGAAUUUAGCCUACAGGUAUAGGCUAAAAGCUGUUAGGCUCUCCUUCAUUACUGAAACCUCCUCCUGAGUGCAUAAUGUUCCUGCCUGACUCAGAGAGCAGUCCUCCUCUCACCAGUAUUCUUAUCAGACCUGCCUUUCUGAUGGACUUGGUGGCUUUACUUAAGCCAUUUUGUUUCAGAGAUGUUUUGUCUUCCAAGAUCAGUGAUUCUGAUCAUCUCACACCUGUUUAAACCCCUGGUGGUAGCUGCUGAAGUCAGGAUAGAUUGAGUUCAGAUCUUGUGUACAGCCAGGGGAUGACGUGGCUCUACAGAUAUGAGAGCAAAUUCAGGGGCAGAUGAGUUACUGCAUAAAACUGGUGUCAGAUGAGAAUCAAACCUGGCCUCAUCAGGAAGCCCUGUAACAGAAAAACUAUGAUGAUAAGCUCUUCCCAGGACCACAGGAUAUGUAGCAACAUGUCAGGCAGCUCAUUGGCACUGUGAUCAUAUCAGGCAAUUCAAGAUAUCAAGAGUGGUUUAAAGAAACUGGGGCAAGUUGUUGGGGUCUGGCAUUAUGAAUUUAUGUGUGGCAUUAUGUGUGCUUUUUGGGAAAGGGGAUUCAUUACUCUUGAUAUGUCCUGUAAAAUAACACCUGUACCAUGGUAUCCUAUAAAACCAGAGUAUAGCACCAUUCCAUCCAGUUCUUAAUCCCCCUCAGAGUGCCACCAUGUGUCAUAGAGAGCUAACUCUUGUCACUGCCCUGAAGUCACCAUACAGUUAAACCAUUAUUUUUACAACUCCAGCAAGGACCAAGCCCAGGGGCUUAGGGGCCAGCUCAAGUAGCCAUGUGUGACCUGAUGUUGCCCACCACAGGCUGUGGAGCCACACAGAGCUCCCUGAGCCCGCAGCCUACAAUGGGUGUUGGACUACUACAGGUCUCUGUGGUGUGAAUCCACAUAGCCCUGUCCACUGUACUGGGGGACAAGUGCUAUGCCCAGCAGGACUGAGGGACCCCAGCCCCACCACCUGGGUGUGGCAGAGCUGUGGCUCUGCAUUGCUUUCAGAUCUUGGUCCUUUGCAGCUGCAGAUGGGACUGGGAUUUGAGCACUCCCUUGUACUUGCACUUCAUCUGGAAAUGCCAAACGAGUUGACAGAAGCCGUGCUCGCAGUAACAGCACAGAACUCGGGCAGUGCCCACUGUGUGCAGAAUUGCAGUUUAAAUUGUAGUGUCCACAGGACCACUCAUGCUUACUGGCCUCACCUCAGUCCUGCUGAUGCCAGUCAUAAAAGUCACAUGAGUGGACAAUGCAGCUGUCUGAGACUUGCUUUCUUCUUUGGUUUUAAGUGAGUUCCUCUCUAUGUAAGUUCCGUAAGCUCUCUGUGCUGGAUAUAAGUUUACUCACAGUUGUGUGAGUGUCACCCUGUUGUAAUACCUUUGAAAGACCCACCAAGUAUAGAUAGCCCUAAUUUCCACUGACUUAUUUCCUUCUCUGAAAUAAAAGGAAGAUCAGAUCCUGAAGCGAAUUUCGUUGUUUUAUUGGACAAGAGUGACUACAAUAGACCAAAUUGUGAGUUAAGCAAAUGCAAAAUAACUUGGCUCAACUGGUGAAAGUCAUGGCACCAAAUUCUGCUAUCAUGUGGCAAUAAUGCACAGGUCUUAUGGAGCUUGCUGGGUACUGUAUAUCACAGAGAAGCUGGUUAACAAAAAUGGCAUAACAUUACUGGAGUUAAGUUUAUUAGGCCAGAAAUUGAGUUGCAUUAACCCAGUUAAUUCAGUGGAAUUACACCCAUUUUUGUUCUGGCUGAGCACUCACCUCACUGAAGGUAGUUCAAGGUCUCUGGACAAGUGCUGGAGUAACUGCAAGCAGACUUGCUCUUCAGCCAGACCAUAUGUUGACUCAGCCCUUGCUCAGGGAAACCACCAUUGACUUCAGUGACAAGUAACACGGCGUUAUGGACGUGGAGAAGCUUUGACCCACUGGCAGGAGGCAUUUACCCUUGAAUUUAUGAAUGAAGCAACACAAAAGUUUUAUUUAUAACAGAGGUAAAGUUCCUCAGCUGGUGUAAACUGGUAUAGGAGUACUGAUUUCAGUGGACUUAAUCCAAUGUGCACACACCGAGGAGCAAACCCUCUAACCCCAGACUAAUUUUUGCCAAUAUAUCUCUAUGCAGAUAAACUCCCAAAGCUUUUAUCAUUAUGCCUUUUUACUGAUCAUGCCAAUGAAAUGAUUAGUGUCCCAUAAUCCUUGCCUGUAAGGAAAUACUGUACUUUGCAGAGCUAUGCAGUAUACAGCACAUCAUAAAACUGCUUUAGACCACACAGUCUGGAAAAGCGUUAUCAGAAACUAGACUAACAGAGCAGCUUUUUAUCUGAUGUCGAUUACACUUCACUCUGCACUUCCACUGCUGAGUUUUACAUACAGACUGAAUGAUGGCUGGGAGUUUCUGAUGACUGUGGGCUGAAGCUUCAGCUGAUGUGCCUCUAAGUAGCUGCGUAGAUGUCAGUGCUGAUUUACACCAGCUGAAAAACUAGUCCUCUCCCUUUUCAUACUGUGCUGCACCCCCUAAUGCAGCUUUAUAGAUGCACACUGAAGCUCAGUGUAUAUUGAACUAUUCUGAUUCAGCACCAGAUAAUCCCUGCUAAAAGAAUUGGAGGGUGAUUUCUGCCUGCCAUCUAGGCUUGCAUAUGUUUUGGUUUUAACUAAAAGGCAUGUUGCAAUUUCAUUACCUCCCAGUUUAAAUAUUUACUAGCAUCAGCAUUAGCUUGCAUAGAAAAAUGGCGAAUAAAUUCAAACAUGUCAUAAAUGCUCUCAGCCUAGAGAUGGAAUCUGUUACUUUAGUUCAAAGACUGCAGCAGGCUAAAGUGGUUUUUCUAAGGCAAAUGGGUUUUGUACAUUUAAAAGUCAUGGCAAAUACUUAUCUAGGACCAUUUCUGCUGUUCUUCCCCUGAGCAUCCUGAUCAGCAGGUUGCCCCACUGAAGUCCACAGAAGUAACUGUGUGAAUGAGUGCUCAGCACACAGGUUGCAGAAUCAGGCACUGAAUAUCUUAGGUUGCUGCAAUCAGGGGUUUAAUUUUAGCCAUAUGUAUCACUUGAGGACACUUAAAAAGUAUGUACAUUUUAUCCAAGCUGACAGUCCUUGUAUUUCCAUAAAAUAUUGUAUCAUUUAUUCCUGUCUGUAUUUUUGACAUCUCUGGAUUGCAUAUCUUCUACUGAAUCUUAAAUGCUGUUUUUUUUUUUAAAACCCACAUUCAAAAGUUCUAGGACAUAUCAUCCCAGAAUAUUAAAGCAAGUCAAAGAUCUGGUGAUGUUUUUCUCUGGUUUUGCGCUCUCCUUCAGUUUGUGUUUUGUCUUUGGCUGUAGUACUCCCAGAAUUUUUAAAACGGCUCAGUUCAAUUCAAGUUGCUUCCUGUCUUCUGAGGGGAAAA